AUGUUGGAAUCAUACCAAUUCAGCUGCUCGUCCCCAAGCAGUCGUUCUGCCAAACACACCAGCGUGGUCUUCCUCAAGACGCACAAGACGGCCAGCAGUACCGUGCAGAACAUAUUGUUCCGUUUUGCAGAGCGCAACAACCUCACAGUGGCCCUGCCCGUCCCAGCAUGUGACCACCAGUUCUGCUACCCACAGCUCUUCAGCACACGUUUCGUUUAUUCACAGACCAUACCACCAGACAUCGUCACCAACCACCUGCGCUUCAGCCGCUCUGAACUGCGGCGCAUUAUGCCCAACAACACUAUCUACAUCACCAUUCUGCGAGAACCUGGCGCCAUGUUUGAAUCGCUGUUCAGCUACUACAGUCAGUACUGCGAGAGCUUUAGGAGAGUCCCCAAUUGCUCUCUUGAGGCUUUUCUAGACCAGCCUUGGGCCUACUAUCGUCCAGACGAGAAGGAUUCAAUGUAUGCCAGGAAUACACUGACGUUUGACCUGGGAGGCGAUAAGGAUCGGUCGCCAGCAGAUGCGGCAACGUACGCAAAGCGAUUUGCUGCAGAGGUGGAGCGUGUCUUUUCAUUGGUCAUGAUUGCAGAAUAUUUUGAUGAAUCGCUGGUCCUGCUACGGCAUCGAUUGUCAUGGGACCUAGAAGACUUGCUGUACAUCAAUCAAAACAUGCGCUCACCUUCAUCUAAGGGAAACCUUUCUGAAGCGUUCACAGCUAAAAUCAGAGCAUGGAACAGCAUAGACGCUGUGCUGUAUGACCACUUUAAUGCCUCGCUGUGGAGGCAGCUGAGAGAAUUGGGGCUGGGAUGCGUUGCUAAAGAAGUGCAGCUGCUACGUCGUGCCCGUGACCACGUGGUGCGUGGCUGCUUUGGUGGCAGUUUGCCCCGGAUGCGCUCAGCUAAACAGAUCGCCAACAAAGAGCUGCGGCCGUGGCAGCCCAACUCCAAGGUAGCCAUUGUCGGGUACGAAUUACCUCUCAAUGCCACAAACAGGUCUAGAAUGACACAAGACAUGUGCAUGAAAAUGAUUAUGCCAGAACUGCAAUACACGAGCCAACUGAUGCGCUCACAGUCGCUGCGCUACAGGAGCAGGUUACAUUUCGCUGCUACACAAAGAUUGCAAAAGCCUCUGCAGAACAAUCGACAAUACUCUGGUCAAAGUGCCAUUGUGUGGCACACAGAAACAUCAGAAAAGAGCAGUAGAACAGCUCUGCAGUUAUUUCACUUGCCAGCUAAACUACUGUCAAACAAUUAA